AUCAGAACCAGAACACUUCCAGGACCUGAACCUGUGCACGACAUCAUGCUCUGCUCGACACUGAUGCUGACUGCCCUCGUCACCGCAGGUGUUUAUGGAAGACCUUCACUUCCUCCUCUACCUGUGAAAGAUGGCUGUCACCAGGUGUCUCCAGAGGUGGAGAUGUUCAGAGUGGAGGGUGAGGCCAUAAUCCUCCACUUCCCCAUCUUCACGAGAGUUCUUGAAGUACGCAGAAUAGCCCUGCCAACGGCAAAGUACCUGAUCACCAGGAACAACGGGACGGAGAGCGAGGCGUACUGGAGCGAGGGACGCGUGCAGCAGCAGGUCAACCAGCUGUGGUUCCUCCCAGCCCGACCUUCGGACUCAGGGGAAUACAGCUGCACUUACCGAAACGACACCUAUUGUGUUACUGGGAGGAUCGUGCUACACGUGUACCAGUCUGAUUCUGUGGACCUAAACUCUCUGUCCUAUCCAUGGUCAGCCACAGAGGGGGAGAGAGUGGAAUUUAAUUGUCCAUCUUUAAGCUGCUUCAACAAAACAGACGGGCUGAUCGAGUGGUUCAAAGACUCUGACUCCACUCCUCUUCAGCCAGACAGAGGAGUCCUGAUGAUCCCUGCAGUGAGGAGGUCCCACGCCGGAGUCUACACCUGCCGGCUCACCGUGCUCAUCAACAAGCAGCACUACCAAGUCAGCAGAGUCUUCCUGCUCCACGUGCAAGGCACAGAUCCUGCUUUCAGCACCUCUGUUCCUGAAGUCUCCACCACACCAGAGGCAGAUCUUCACAGCAGAACCAUGAGCACCGUUAAUGUGGGACCACCAGUGAUUGUGUACCCAGUUAAUGGAACCAUCUUUGAAAGUCCACAUGGUUCAGGACUGGAGCUGGUUUGUCAUGUGCUCACUGAAUGUCAGAUGGCAGAUUUAACCUUGAUCACCUGGCUGGUAAACAGCCAAUCACUGGAGUCCUCGUACCUCAACAGGCGGGCCUUGCAGGGAGGGAGAAGGGUAACCAGGUUGUCUAAAGGUUGCCAGAUCGAGAUGAGGCUUGUCAUCUCACUCAUCACUGAAGAAGAUGAGAAGGCAGAGAUCAAGUGUGUCACCAAGAACAAAAUGGGGAGUCAGGAAGCUGUUGUAAUACUUCAACUAGAAGAUUCUACCUUCACGUGGCUUUUUGUUGCCGUGACAACCGUCUCCUGCUUUCUGACAGUGGUUUCUGUCUUCCUCUACCUCCUCUUCAAACCUAAAAGGAAAAAGAAAAUGGAUUACUUUCUGGCUCGGCAGAACAGCACCUUCUCAUUCUAGCUUUUAGGUUGUUAUUUACACUUCCUCCAGAAACAAAAAGACCUCCUUUAAAGUGUUUACUGUCCGUCUCUGUGAAUGUGAUUUAGUUCAGUUACAUCAGAAGUCAUCUCAGGGCACUCCAAAAUAAUGUUGAACGUAAAUCAGGUACUACAUUCUGAUUCAAGUCAUGGGAUUUACAUGAUGUUUUGUGUUUUAUCUGUUUUCACAAACUGUUUGAGCUCAGAGGUGUUUGAGUCACAUGACUCUGUCACACAAGUGAUGAAACUAAUAUGCAAAAUAACAAAAAGUAAUAAAAGUAAUCAAUGCAUGUUUGAAUUAGGUGGUUUGUUUCAAAUCAGAAGCUCAGAUCCAAGUUUAAUUGCCACAUUGUCAUGUUAUCAGCUGUGUGCAAAAAUAUAUGUUUGUAUUUAAGGUUGUAUGA